CCUAAGCCUGUCCGUCGCCAUUUUCCGCUGUCCUUCGCCGUGGCUGGCUCUCCGCCGCGCAGCCAUGGCUGAGGGAAAGGCAGCCUUGACGGACUCAAAGGUGGAGCGUAUGCGAAAGACGCUGGAGCCAAUGCCACGUUUGUGCGCAAAAGUGGUGCACGGUUUUGGUCGCGGCAGCAAAUUGCUCGGCUUCCCCACAGCCAACAUGAAAAUCAGAUGGGAUGUGGUUGAGUCGCCCGAGAAGCUUGAGCCGCAGGAGAAAGAUGUCCUCGACUUUGCUCGUAGUUGUGAAGCAGGAAUCUACUACGGCUGGGCACAGGUGAGCAACGGUUCUGAUCGAGGCAUCUACAAGACAGCGAUGAGCGUUGGGUGGAAUCCGACCUUCCCGGACGUGAAGGCCAAAACUAUGGAGCCAUGGAUUCUGCAUGACUAUGCUGACGACUUCUACGACUGCGAGUUGCGCCUCAUCAUUUGUGGCUUUGUUCGGCCGGAGGCCAAGUUUGCCGAUUUCAAGGAUCUCAUAGUAGCCAUCCGCGAGGACGGUGAGUUCUGUCGUGAGACGUUGGACGAUGAAGCACUGGCCGCGUUGGCCAAAGACCCGUUCUUCAUUGCCAAGGAUGCGGAGGUUGCCUAGAUAGGCCAGAGGUUUGGGAGGACUUCGGAGUUGCGAAAAACAGGAAAUCAAAGCCUACUAAGGCCUACAAUGGAAUUUCGCAGAGUGAAUCAGCAUGAGUCAGAGCAUGAGUCAGAGUAUGUCAGAGUGAAUCUCUGUCACAUCAUAUCAUCAGGUCAUCAUGUCUCAUCUAUGUUGAAUUUGUCGUCAAUCCGUUUUCCUUUGCCUCGUGCAGGAGCUGCAGUGAGUGGAUCCUCGAACCGGAUGUUAAUCCGCAAGGGUCCACAAUGUCCACGCAGAGCACGCUGGCUUUGUCUAGCGGAUGUCUUGGAAAGCAGUUGCGGAGCUCAAA